CAUGAUAGCGUCGAGGACACCCGUCUCGCUCCACAACCUCCUCGUCGCCGGCGGCCACAGAAGGCGAUGCGUCGGCGGCGGCUGCGGCAGCAGGAAGCGCGGCCGGGUGCAGCGCCGCCACCUCACGCAGGCUCUCGAGAGCCUCUGGAGGCACACUCCCCGCCCCGCUCCACCCGCCGCCGUUGCCCGCGGCGAGGCCAACCCCUCGUGGAAGCCGCCGCCCCUCGAGAACCCUGCCUUCGAGGAGUACUACAAGGAGCAGCGAAUUGUUCGCGAGGAAGAGUGGGGUGAUUUCAUCAGUGUGCUGCGGAAUCCAUUGCCAGCGACUUUUAGGAUCAAUGCCAGCUCCCAGUUUUGUAAAGAUAUUUGCUCAAAGUUAGAGAAUGACUUCAAGAGAUAUUUGGAGAGUGAGGUUAGUGAUGAGUAUGGAGAAGAUGCUGCCAAGCCAUUGCCUUGGUAUCCAGGCAAUCUUGCAUGGCAUCUGAACUUCUCCCGGAAGCAACUGAGGAAAAAUCAGGCACUUGAGAGUUUCCAUGAGUUUUUAAAACAUGAGAGUGAGGUCGGUAAUAUAACUAGGCAGGAGGCCGUUAGCAUGGUGCCACCAUUAUUUCUGAAUAUACAACCUGAUCACCAUAUUCUUGACAUGUGUGCCGCUCCAGGCUCUAAAACAUUCCAGUUACUUGAGAUGAUUCAUCAAUCAAAAGAACCAAGUUUACUUCCAACAGCACUGGUGGUAGCUAAUGAUGCCAAUGCACAAAGAUGUGACCUCCUUAUCCACAAUACAAAGAGAAUGUGCACAGCCAACCUGGUAGUGACAAACCAUGAAGCACAAAACUUCCCUGAUUGUUGUCUUGCAAAUGAUCCUUCAGAAAUUUAUAGAAAUGACUGCAAACCGCAAAGGUUGGAAUUUGAUCGGGUACUUUGUGAUGUCCCCUGUAGUGGUGAUGGAACUAUCCGUAAGGGUCACGACAUGUGGAGAAAGUGGAACUCGGGCAUGGGGAAUGCGCUUCAUCUUCUCCAAGUAGAUAUUUCUAUGCGUGGCAUCGCCUUACUUAAAGUUGGUGGAAGGAUGGUUUACUCAACUUGUUCAAUGAAUCCUGUUGAAAAUGAAGCUGUUAUAGCUGAGCUUCUUCGGAGAAGUGGAACCUCUAUUGAGCUUCUUGAUGUUUCAAAUGAGCUACCAGAAUUGGUCCGCCGUCCUGGACUUAGCACUUGGAAGGUUAAAGAUAGAGGAUCUUGGUUUCAUAAUCAUGAAGACAUCCCUUACGAUAGGAAAAAUGUAAUAUUACCAAGCAUGUUUCCAUCAAGUGAAGGGCAAUCUAUGUGUGAAAACAUUGAAGUUAACACAGAUAGCAACAGAAGCUUCUCAAGAAACUUCAACAGUGAAAAAACCAGCCAAGUUUGUUAUACAAAUGGAGUUUCAAAUAGUAACUCCACAAAACAUUUUGACUCUACUUCCAAUAGUAUGAGUUCAAAUUUCCCUCUGCAUCGUUGCAUGAGAAUUGUUCCUCAUGACCAAGAUACUGGGGCAUUUUUCAUUGCAGUUAUCCGUAAACUGUCCCCGUUGAAUGAGGGCCAGAAGGAGGAGGUUACAAAAACUGAGCACAUCCUUUCAACAGACAGGGCUUUAAACUUUCAUGAAGAAUCUCAGUCAGAAACGGUGCCACCUGGAAAAACUGCAAUGCAUCAGCAGAAAAUUGGUUUUGAAGUUCUUGAUGAUGAUGAACCUCUUGAAGAUCAGAAAAAAAUCUGCAUAGAUGGUUGCACUUCGAAGGACAACUUAAGUAAAGUUAGUUUAGUUUCUGGUGAUGUAAAAAAUGAUCAAGCAGAAUCAGGAAAUAAAAUGAAGUUGCAAGGCCAAUGCAAGUGGAUAGGGGUUGAUCCUGUAUUAUUUUUCAAAGAUGUAACGGUGAUUAAAAGUAUUGUAUCAUUCUUUGGUAUCAAUAUAUCUUUUCCACUUGAAGGUCAUCUAGUGACUAGAAGUGCUGAUACUGAUAAUGCACGGAGGAUAUACUAUGUAUCAAAAUCGGUCCAGAAAAUUUUGCAACUGAAUGUACAAGUUGGAGAGCAACUUAAGAUUGCAUCUAUUGGCCUCAAAAUGUUUGAAAGACAUCGGUCAAAGGAUGGUUGUCCAUGUGCAUAUAGGCUAUCUUAUGAGGGCUUGCCAUUGCUGCUUCCAUACAUCACCAAGCGGAUACUCUGUGCAUCUCCAAACGAUUUCCUGCGCCUUCUACAAUACAGGACCGUCAAUUUUGCUCAUUUUAUUGAUGCCAGAUUUGGGGAGGAAGCUGCAUCAUUGCUGCCUGGUUGCUGUGUUGUAAUUUUACAUGAAGGUCAUCAGCACUUAGAUUUGGAUUCUAUAACCAUGGAUCCCACCACAAUUGCCAUAGUUUGCUGGAGAGGGAAGGCGACACUGAAUGCUAUGGUCUCUCCACCGGAUCGGAAGGAGCUAGUUGAGAGGAUCACACACCGCUUCGGGUUCAAAGCAUUUAAAGUGGAGGAAGAUGAGAAUCCCCAACAGGAAGAUUAAUUGAUGCGACAAAGGGCGCUGACAACCAUGUUAAGAACUCGAGAUGGAUGAUCUAGAAAUCAUGAUAUGGGGGAGUUGAGGACUGCAGCAGAUCGCAAUCCGAGGGGUUGAGGACAGCAAAAGUGCGAAAAGGAGCUGACACGGUAUGCCGUUGGAAAGAAUGACAGUCCUACGGAAGCACUAUAUAAGAAACAUCAUAUCAUUUGAAGCACUCGGAUUUCCAUUUGCCCAACCUACCACAAUCACUCGAAUCAGGUGAAGUGUCAUCAUACCGUAAGAGGGAUAGAUUGUUUUCAUUUUGAUUUUAUGGCCUUGGACGUUGAACAUUUCCCUGCGGCCUGAAAGUGAUAUUUUUUUGGUUUUCAUUGUAUGUUGUUAUGUGCAGCUUUCACACGUGAACAAUUUAACUGUUCUUGCAAUUUAGUUUAUGCAAUUUCAAUUCG